UAGUUGUGGAAAGAUACAGCCUUGCAAUCCUUGUUAAGCAUGUACAUAUAAUAGGGUCGUCCUAAUACUUCAAGUAGAUACAAAAAGCUCUAUUUUUUGCUAUUUCAAACCAGUCAUUUCUACCGUAAGCCUUGAGCUUUAGUCCAUCACAAAGUCAUGAUUACUACGCACUAGUGUGUGUAACAAUGCAAACACGUGUAAGCGGGGGACACGUGUUAGCGAAACAAUUUUUUACCGAUCUCCGAAUUAGUGCAUCAUUUGUAACGAUACAAAGUUGCCUAAAGUUCAUACAAAAUGACACUUAAUAACUUGCACAUAUUUUUCAUGACGUAUCCUCCAACUCUGAAGCAUCGUGUAGAAAAUCGUUUCGGAAUGGCUAACUUCUUACUAUUUAGUUUGCAGGUAACCAAGUGACAAUAAAGAAAUAUAAGCUCAUCCUUAACACCUCUGAAUUGAUACAAGCUGCCAGAUAUUUUUACCUCCGGAUUUUUAUCUUCUUCUAACAAAAUUUGAUAAUUUGAUGGACACGAGUCCCAAAAGUGCUUAUGCAAUUCAACAAAAUGGGGAAAACUUGUUGUUGCACUUUAGAACAGGGAACCGCAAUCAUCGGGACUCUCUGUAUUAUUGAAAGCAUCUUCACCGUUAUCGCGAAUUCUUUUUGGAUCAGUUCCACCAUCAGCAAUGCUGAACAAAUUAAGCUUACUGAACAAUACUACAAUCUGUACAUCGUCCUCGCUUCUAUCGGCAUCGUCUCGGGCGUCGUGAGCUUUAUCCUGGGGUGUCUCCUGGUAUACGGGUCUACCAUUCGUAAUCACCGCUACAUCCUGCCGUGGUUGUGGUGCAGCUAUGUAUCCCUUGUUCUACUCGCUGCCGCUGGGGGCAUGGAGUUGUUCAAUGUGAUAGUUUAUGGAGGGGUUCUUGGUGUCGGAAAUUUUUUCCUUACCGUCAUAAUUAUAAUUAUUCAGACAUAUUUUAUUUCCGUGGUGAGCAGAUUUGUUACAGAGUUGAAGGCAGAACCGGAUAAUUGAACCAUUAGCAAACUGAGUGUAAAUUUUCGUCACAAAUAUAUGUAUGUCAAAGUUUUGACAUUUCUGGGAAAAUUUACAAUUUUUCCAAUUCUAUGUCCAAUAAAACCAAUGAAAAAGCUGUCGGUAUUUACAAGGAUAUUUAUGUACAUAAAUAUGUACAAGGUUAAAACAAUAUUGAUGUAAAUGUAACUAAAUCUAAAGUAAAUUUUAUGUAUCUGGAAUCGAAAAACUAUGUAUAAGAACCAUUUUUUCUGAUUUAUGUAUUUUCUGAUUUAUUUUGUUGUAUUUGUGUAACAUAUUUGUUUACUGUGCCAAGAAAACAUUAUUCACAAGAAUAAAAUUAAUCCUUGAAUAAAUUGCAGACAAAUUAUUUUGAAACGCGUGAUAUAAUAAUGCCUUCGUGGCACAUUUUUAAAAUAUUGCGUGAUAAGGUCGUCCGUGUAUGUAAAUGUGUUUGUUUUGUAAUCGUUGUAAUACUGGUGCUUGUAUUUACAACGUCAGCAAGUUAUAAGCUUCAUAUAUGUAGUUAAGCUACAUACAUAGAUAAAUACAUGCAUGUAGAUACAUAGAUUUAGUUGAAUAUGUGCGUUUACCUGGAGUCCUUAGAAUCGUUUAGCCUG